AUGGCCAACACUUUCAAAUAUAAACUGGGGCAAUGGGGCUAUGGUGGUGUAUACAUGGGAAAGUUAAAAGCUGGUCGUUUUGUGGCCAUCAAAGUUUUGAAAGAAUCAAAAGGUAAUGGAGAGGAAUUCCUAAACGAGGUUGCAAGCAUUUGUAGAACCUCUCAUGUUAACAUUGUCACUCUUAUGGGCUUUUGCUUUGAAUAUCCUAAUAGAGCUCUGAUCUAUGAGUUUAUGCCAAAUGGAUCUCUUGAAAAGUUCAUAUAUAAAGAUUUUUCCACAAAUGUUGAUUGUCAAUUGGCGUGGGAAACAUCAUAUAAAAUUGCAAUUGGUAUUGCUUGGGGAUUAGAAUACUUGCAUAGAGGUUGCAACACACGAAUCUUGCAUUUUGAUAUAAAGCCUCACAACAUUCUUUUGGAUGAAAACUUUUGCCCAAAGAUUUCUGAUUUUGGCCUUGCAAAAAUAUGCUCUAGAGAAGAUUGCAUCAUAUCAAUGGUGGGAGCAAGAGGGACUAUAGGAUAUAUAGCUCCAGAACUAUUUUGUACAAAUUUUGGAAGGGUCUCUAAAAUCAGAAAUGCUAUAAAAAAUAUAGAUUUAUUUUAA